ACCCGCGUGCUCGCGAUCCCGACCCUCCGCCUCGCGCACACUGCCGCACUACGUCACAUCCCUGCCCUCGCGCCAUCGCUCCCGCCUCGCCAGAGCCCCCAGAGCCAAUGGCGGGCGCGCGAAGCCCUCCAGACCCGCGCCGCAUUCUCGACGUCCUCACCGCGGCAGGCGGGCGAGGACCCGCACAUGCAGGCGGUGUUCAACAACCAGCAGAAGUUCCUGCGGCUCAUGCAGGACAAGCCGGAGGUGUUCGAGAACAUGAAGGCGUUCGCGGAGAUGCUCGAGCAGAACGGUGUGGAUAUUAAGUCGGGGAAGAUACCCAAUAAGAUGGACAUGUUCCGGCUCAUGAUGCGGGCGGACGUGCGAGAGCGCGCAAUGAAGAUGGUUGAGGCGUUCAAAGAGGCUGGCAUUGACGUUCAGUCA